UGGUCGCGCGGGCUCCGCCGGCUCUUCAAAGCCCGACCCAAGCGCAUUUGUGCAGCGGUGGGCGGUGAAAGGCUCCAAAACUGGCGAGGGACUUAUAAAUGCAAAGACCUUUCACAGGUGAUGGCAACUUCACUUCUUGGGGAGGAACCGAGGGUUGGAUCCACUCCAUUGGCCAUGUUAGCAGCGACCUGUAACAAAAUCGGGAGCUCGAGUCCCUCCUCGGACAGCGGCUCGUUUGGAAAAGGAGGUUUUCAUCCGUGGAGACGCGCAGCGCCCAGCAGCUGUUCUCUCUCUCCGUUCGGCGCGCAGCGCAACGACUCGUUCAGCGCCAACAGCUCGUUCUCCUUAACGGGCAACAACGCCUCCACCAGCCCGUUUGGAAACGACUAUCCCGUGUUUCAAACUUCAGUGGCCAACAGUUCUCCGGACGCGAGCGCGCAGUCGGUGUUCAUCUCCAAAGUGGACACUCUGCAGGGGAUUUACCCGAGGAUGAGCGUCGCGCACCCGUAUGAGACGUGGUUCAAAUCCGCGCACGCUGGCAUCUCCGCCGGGGACGUGAGUGCCGGUGGCGGCUCCUCCUGGUGGGAUAUGGGCACCGGUUGGAUUGACGUUCAAAGCGCGAACGGCGCCGCGCUCCAGAGCUCUUUGCAUUCACCCUUGGGUGGAUACAACUCCGAGUAUUCCUCCCUCACUCACACCGCGUUCAGCGCCAGUCCGUCUCCGCAUCUCCUCACAGGAGGCCAGCACCUGAUGGACGGAUUCAAACCGGUUUUAUCCGCCACGUACCCAGAAACCAGCCCAGGUCCUAACGGCGCAGUGCUAGCUGGGUCUCCGCGCUCAUCAAGCCGGCGGUACUCCGGCAGAGCAACCUGCGACUGUCCGAACUGCCAUGAGGCGGAGCGCCUGGGGCCCUCGGGGGCCAGUUUGCGCAGAAAGGGCCUCCACAGCUGCCACAUCCCGGGCUGCGGAAAAGUAUACGGAAAGACAUCGCACCUCAAAGCGCAUUUGCGUUGGCACACCGGCGAGAGGCCGUUCGUCUGUAACUGGCUGUUCUGCGGGAAGCGCUUCACCAGGUCCGACGAGCUCCAGCGGCAUUUACGCACACACACCGGGGAAAAGAGAUUCGCCUGUCCGGUGUGCAACAAGCGCUUCAUGCGCAGCGACCAUCUCAGUAAACACGUGAAGACGCACAGCGCCGGAGAGCCCGGCUCCAGCGGGGUCAAGAAGGGCAGCGACACCGACAGCGAACAGAGUGUACCGGGCAGCCCGGCCUGCCAGUCACCCGUCCAGAACCGCCUCUGAGAAGAGAUAUAGAUAACACGUGUUGUUAAAGAUAAAGGUUCCCCUAAAUAGAUUUUUAUUCUCAAAUUCCUUCGAAAACUGGUAUUUUAAAGAACCCAUAACACUGAUCUGAAAACUUAUAAAACAUGCCUCCA